AUUGCAGAUUCAUUGGUUUUCCUCAGAGACAGAGAGAGAGGAGGUUUGGUGAUCAGAAGAGGAGAGAGAUGGACGGCGGCGGAAGCGAUACGGCGAUGUACGGAGGUCUGGAAGCGGCGCAGUACGUACGGAUGCAUCACCACCAUCUCUGCAGAAACGAUCAGUGUACCUCUGCUCUCGUCAAACACAUUAAAGCCCCUGUUCAUCUCGUUUGGUCGCUUGUGAGGAGAUUUGAUCAGCCACAGAAAUACAAGCCCUUUGUUAGCAGAUGCAUAGUUAAUGGAGAUCCUGAGAUCGGUAGCGUUAGAGAAGUAAAUGUCAAGUCUGGCCUUCCCGCUACCACCAGCACCGAAAGGUUGGAAUUGCUUGAUGACGACGAACACAUUCUCGGCAUCAAGAUCGUUGGCGGUGAUCACAGACUAAAGAAUUACUCUUCCGUCGUGACUGUUCAUCCGGAGAUGAUCGAUGGGAGACCAGGAACUAUGGUGAUAGAGUCAUUUGUGGUGGAUGUUCCUGAAGGCAACACCAAGGAUGAGACUUGUUACUUUGUGGAGGCACUGAUAAGGUGUAAUCUGAAAUCUUUGGCUGAUGUUUCCGAAAGACUGGCUGCUCAGGACAGAACCGAACCCGUUGUCGGGUCAUACUGAAAUAUCCAUCCUUCCAAGGAAUCACAUGCGGCAGGCAGCUCCGAAGAUUGAUUUUAGAGGCUUUGGAUAAUGAGAAGUUGUGUAGCAGGUACGAACUGAGUGAAGGAUCCGUCCAGUGUGUUAUCCUCUUCCUGAAAAUUUUGUCUGGUCUAUAUAUGUAUAGACUCUUUCCUGGUCAUUGCGGUCUGUCUCUCCUGCUGCUUGUUACAGCAAUGCUUGGAUCAUCAUCGUCGUCGUGCUCACAUCAUAUCCUGUCUGUGGCGAAAGAUCUGAUGGUGUAGUGUCAUUUGUGUUCGUGGACAGUGUAUUUUUCCACCUCUGUAUGUGUAGGUAAUCACUGUAAAAUAUCGUCUGCACCAUUGUAAAAUAACUAGGGGUAUCUGUAUUAGGUAGGGGCUUUUUCCCUCUCCAAAACACUGACUGAACCCUUGCCCCAUCCUGUAAGAAAAUCUCCUCCUUUGCUAAACAAUGACAUGCAGUUUGCCGUCGGUCA